AUGAAGGAUAUAAUAGUAAAGAAACAAGGGGCGGCGACUCCAUGUGCGGCGUGCAAGCUUCUGCGGCGGAGAUGUGCUAAGGAAUGUGUGUUUGCGCCAUAUUUUCCGGCCGACGAACCGCACAAGUUUGCUUGCGUCCAUAAGGUCUUUGGUGCCAGCAAUGUCAACAAGAUGCUUCAGGAAUUGCCGGAGGAGCAAAGGGGAGAUGCGGUGAGUUCUAUGGUGUACGAAGCGAAUGCGAGGGUAAGAGAUCCGGUUUACGGAUGUGUAGGGGCAAUUUCGUCCUUACAGCAACAAAUAGACAUGCUUCAAACUCAACUUGCGCUUGCGCAGGCUGAGGUUGUCCACAUGCGCAUGCGUCAAUUCUCGUCUAUGCCUCAUUCUCCACAAAACUCUCACUCACACCAACACAAUUCCAUUUUUAGCAUGGAGGAGCCUAACAUGGAGGAUUCCUUAUGGAACUAG